AUGGCAGCAGCUACCGAAAACCACGAAACAUCUGUGCCUGGCGAGGACAGUCUGAACGAGUCCUUCGCCCGUGUCAACAUUGGCGAAUCAGGCGAGCUUGAGGAACAGCCCAAGACUGAUGAAGAGUACGCGCAAGCAAUUCUUACUCUGCGAGCCAUCGUUUCCUCCAAGGAGGCUGGUGUGAUUAUCGGCAAGGCUGGCAAGAAUGUUGCGGAUUUGCGCGACGAGACUGGUGUCAAAGCUGGUGUCAGCAAGGUUGUCCAGGGUGUGCAUGAUCGUGUUCUCACUGUGACUGGUGCCUUACAAGGAUGCGCCCGCGCCUACUCUAUUGUCGCAAAAGGACUUCUCGAAGGCGCUCCGCAGGUCGGAAUGGGCGGCGUCGUCCAGAACAACGGAACUCAUCCAAUUCGCUUGUUGAUCUCACACAAUCAGAUGGGCACCAUCAUCGGUCGUCAAGGUCUAAAGAUCAAACACAUUCAGGAUGCCUCGGGCGUCAGAAUGGUCGCGCAGAAAGAGAUGCUACCACAGUCCACCGAGCGAAUUGUGGAGGUGCAGGGCACGCCAGAGGGUAUCGAGAAAGCGGUCUGGGAAAUUGGAAAGUGUCUCAUUGACGACUGGCAACGUGGAACAGGGACCGUCCUGUACAACCCGGCCGUGCGUGUCUCCAUUGGCGGUUCUGGUCAACUCAAUCACAACGGCGACAGGACCGGCGGCAGCUACGGCGGUGGACGAUCCUACAACCGAACUGGCAACGGCGCAGAUUUCAGCGAGCCAAGCGGCGGCUACAAUCGUCGUGGCAGCGGCGAUAAUGGCAACCGAAAUCUGCCGCUAGUCACCGAUGAUGGAGAAGAAGUACAGACACAGAAUAUCAGCAUCCCUGCAGAUAUGGUCGGUUGCAUUAUUGGUCGGGGUGGUAGCAAAAUCAGUGAAAUCCGUCGCAGCUCUGGAGCGAGAAUCUCGAUCGCCAAGGCACCCCAUGACGAGACUGGGGAGCGCAUGUUCACGAUCAUGGGUAGCGCACAGGCUAACGAAAAGGCGUUGUAUCUUUUGUACGAGAACCUCGAAGCUGAGAAGAUGCGUCGUAGCCAGCAGUCUCCUGAAUAAUUCAGAGGCACAUUCGCACAUUCGCCGGAACGGACUUCGCUUCAGGCUGAAUUGCAGUUGUUUUACCUUCAUUUUCUCUACCUCUCCUUCAGUCAGAGGUAAAACUUUCUUUAUUUAUCGAACUUUUUCUUAUCUUUCACGAUAUCGUCUCGUCGCGUACCACUUCACUUUGUCCCCUACUCUUUCUACAACAUCGCCUGUAUUUCUCAAGACGAUGGGUCUCUAACAUUCAUCUCACCGGAUUACGAAUUAAUGAUGUCUCCUCAAAAAAGAAAAAUACCAAACCGAUGUCUAACACAGACUUCUCUCCCUUGACUUGACUUUUCAUUCAUCACCCACACCCUCGAUCCGUCUGUCGAACCUUUUUUUCCUACUCUUCUCAAAUCUCCUUGUGUGUAUCGAUACUACCUAUCUAUCUAUCUCGAAAGAACCUCCGUUGUCAUCAUCAAUACCAUCUCUCGAAUCUUUGAUCCUCAUUGUCUUCUGCCUUGCGUCUUCUCAUAAUCUCGCCACUUGUCCCUAUUCCUUUUGAAGGAAGCAGAGAAAACUUUGAAAGCUGAUGAUAUCCACCACCCACCAUGGAUGUGUGUGAAAGAUACCCAAACGACGAUUUAGAUUUAGCUAACAAGGACAAAGCAAAUGAAGAGAAGGGAAGAUUCUAGAGAAUACCUAUUUGAAUGAUAAAACAACUCUUAGUAUCUAAAUAGUAUCAAAUCCUAUAGACAAACAUUGUCGUUGCUUCCAAAAUUAUCAUAGACAUUUAAUUUUUUUCUUCGAUUCUGACUAUGUUACAAUGUACAUAUAACAAUUGAGUAUAGUUUCCAUCUCUGUACUCAAUACCAGUAAUACCAGUACAUGGAGUAUAAUAGAGAAACUGAUUCCUAUGCCACAAACACAAAAGUAGAGAGGAAGGAUGGAAGGAAGAAAAAGGACAUGGUGUUAAGAGAGGAGAUCAAUAGUCAAAACAAACAGAAAAGAAAAGAAAAAUACAUAGGUGGAUUUUUUUCUCUUUUCUGUAGCAAUUAACACCGCGCCAUGGAACCCAUGUAGACAAUUGAUAGAUAGAUAUUUAAGGUCUUGCGAGGAGGUAGAGGAAUCGGGAUCGGAUCAAGAUCUUAUUGUACAUAAAAGAAAAGGGGGAAGAUGGCAAGAUGACCUAAAAGAAAAGGAGAGAGAUUGAAAGCGUUUAGGUAGGAAGAGGAGUUUGAUCACGACCAUCUUUACCCGUAGAACUUUCAUCAGGUUCAUGAGGUUCAGGUGGUGCAAUAAUACCUCCACCGAAAUACUUCGUAAACUCCCCCGUAUCCGGGAACGGUCGCGGACCCAAAAGACGAACCAUAUCAUCUCGCGACAGGACUUCCUUGGCCAACAACUCCUCUGCCACAAGGCCGACUUCCUUCUUCUUCUUUGUUAGAAGAUCUGUGCAACGCUUAUAUGCUUCAUCGACUAUACGGCGGAUCUCGAGGUCGAUGUUUCGUGCUGUCUCCUCAGAGAAGGGUUUGUGGAGUUGUUGUUGAUCUUCUUCAAAGUGCAAGGGUCCGAUGGUCUUGGACAUGCCGAAUUUGGUGACCAUAGCGCUGGCCAUGCGGGUUACUUUGUUGAAGUCGUCUGAUGCACCGCUGGUGACUGUGUCGAAGUGGAGUUCUUCGCUGACACGGCCGCCGAGGGUCAUGGCCAUGCGAUCCAUGAGUUGGUUGACGGUCAUCAGAUAGUUUUCACUGGAUGGGAGGUAUUGCGCAUAACCGAGAGCGCCUUGUCCUCUGGGAAUGAUUGAGACUUUGAGAAGAGGAUCGGCCCAUUUCAGAUACCAGCCGCAGAUGGCGUGGCCGGCUUCAUGGUAGGCUACUGUUCGUUUCUCCUCGGGCGAGAGGACGAGAGAUUUCUUCUCCAGACCUCCAAUCACACGCUCAAUUGCCUGUUCGAAGUGUUUCAUCUUGACACUCUCGGCUUGUUCACGGGCAG